AUGGCCUCCAAUCCCCGCAAGGCCUCUUCAGCCUCUGAAGCUGAUUUCUUCGAUAUCCCCGACGAACCGAUUCUCGCGAUAGCCAAACGGCAACUAAGACGCAUUCGGACCUGGGUUAUCUUCUUGAUCUUUUUCCUUUUCAUCCUUUACCUCCGGCAGAAACCUGCGCCUACGCCGCGCAAGGAUAAGGGAUAUAUCAACUAUGACUCCGUGGACUGGUCCCGCUACGCCUACAGCCAGUAUGCGACCUCCAGCCCGUACCUAUGCAACGCGCUCAUGAACUUCGAAGCCCUGGAGCGACUCGGCAGUCGUGCACAGAGAAUUCUCUUUUACCCGGAUGAUUGGGAUGUGGUUGUGGAGAGUGACCGGGAUAGGGAUAGCCAGUUGCUGAAUAUGGCCAAAGACAAGUAUAAUGCUAUGUUGAUGCCGAUUGAACUAGAUAUGAUCAAGCCGGGUGCAGGGUCGGGUGAGACAUGGGAGAAAAGUAUUUCGAAACUGCUUGCAUUUGGUGAGAUCGAAUUCGAACGCAUUAUCCAUCUCGACUCCGAUAUCCUUCUUUACCAGAAAAUUGAUGAGCUAUUUUUCCUCCCAUCCACUACCGUUGCCAUGCCGCGUGCAUACUGGCUUCUACCGGAACAGAAACAGCUCUCCUCACUGCUGAUGGUUAUUGAGCCGUCGUACCGCGAAUACAAAGCACUGAUGGACGUUGCACUGGGCAUGGAGACUGGCGGCGAGUCCAAGAAAUACGACAUGGAACUCCUAAACGAGUUCUACGGCGACUCGGCCCUGGUUCUUCCGCAUAGACAGUAUGCGUUGAUAUCAGGGGAAUUCCGAUCCCAGAACCACACGGCUUUCUUGGGUAAUAGCAUCGAAGAGUGGGAUCCGGAUCAAGUACUGGCGGAUGCAAAGUUUGUGCACUUUUCAGACUGGCCGCUCCCGAAGCCUUGGGUAAUGUGGCCGCAUGAGAUGCUGCGUGAUAUUCUCCCGAAAUGCAAGUUCAAGCCCGGCACGGUGCACGAGAGUGGCUGUCGCGAUCGGGAUGUGUGGAUGCAGAUUUAUGACGAUUACCGUGUAAAGCGAAGGGAUGUUUGCAAGCUUCUCAGCUAUCCCGCGCCUAACUGGCCUCUACCCGAGGAAUCCGUUGAGUCUCCAGCCGAAGCUCCAAGUAAAGAUGAGAGCGUGAAUGCAGAUGAAACCCCGCAAGCGUAG